ACAUACCUUCAUGCUCUGAGCCCGAAAUACGACGGUAAACCACUCCUGGCUAUGCUGGCCGACCGCGAGGCACCAGCGUGUCUACUAUAUGUGUACCGUACGGAGGAGCUGGCGCUUUAUACUACAACAGACUGGCGCAAUUUCGCCAUUUGGGCAAACUGGUCGAAAACGCGGACAUGCGCUGCAUGCGUCCAGGCAUGCGUCCGACAUCUGGCGCGUCCAGUUGUCCGGCCCUGCUUCCCUCACUUCUGCAGUUUCGUGCGCUCGCCAUCGAGGACCACAACGAGCGUUUGACCAACCAGCAUUUCGUUAGUCUAGAGCGCAGUGAAGGACACACGAAGAGGGAGACAGAACACUUCAACACAUAGCGCAACGCAAAAGACUUCAACAUAAAGUUAUGUCUACCGGAUACCUAUCCAGCAGGAGGGCGAACGACUCCGACCCCGAGCUGUCCGACGAUGAUGACGCUCUCUUUGCCGCGCUCGAGCGGGACGACGACGACCUCUCGGCUGAUAUUCGCGAGCGAAGAGUGGACGAGUUGAAGCGUGAUAUGGCAAGACAGAUGGAACUGAAAAAUUGCGCAUAUGGAACAUACGAUGUCAUCGCAACCGAGAUGGAGGUGCUGAAUAUCACGACAACAAUUAAGAACUGCGUUGUACACUUCGCGCACAAAAACUUCAGACGUUGUCAGCUUAUGGAUGGUCACCUUGAGGCAUUAUCAAGAAAGCACCUCAAGACUCGUUUCAUACGGGUGGAUGUCGAAAACGCCCCAUUCCUUGUCGAACGGCUGAAAGUAAAGGUUCUGCCAUGCGUCGUGGCUUUCAUUGAUGGAAAGUCUGUUGACAGACUGAUAGGAUUUGAGGCGGUGGGAGAUGCUGAUAAUGUGCCAACAUCGAACGUUGAGUCGUGGUUGCGGAAAGCUGGGGUUUUGACUGCUGAGCCUGUCCAAAGUAACCCGCAAAGCAUUUUUGGAUUUCCCAGUGCUCAGGACUCUGAUGACGACUAUUAG